CGCUAGAGCAAUUCUGAGGGCUCUCCGUGACAAAAGCAGAUUGCUCGAAUCUCCACGUGGCUCGCCAGUGCGAAUCCCGUCUCGCCUUCCCAAAGUUAAACUUUCGCCGACCACGGCUCGCAAAGAAGCUAGGACUUUUGACAGGCUUGCGACAGAUAGUUUGUAGAGAUGUCGACGACUGCUACCGCGACGGCCACGGCGAAGACGACCGACCAAGGAUCGAUCCAAGUCGAGGGUAGCUUGGACGCUUCGCUGGCGGGGCACGAUGAGGAGCAGAUCCGCCUCAUGGAGGAGCGCUGCAUCGUCCUCUCGCACGACGACCAGUACGUGCGCGACGGCUCCAAGAAGGAGUGCCACCUCAUGACCAACAUCAACAAAGGGCUCCUCCAUCGCGCCUUUUCCUGCUUCCUCUUUGACCCAGAGUCCGGCAAAUUGCUCCUCCAGCGUCGGGCAUUGGAAAAGAUUACGUUUCCUAACAUGUGGACAAAUACCUGCUGCAGCCACCCGCUGGCCAUUAAGGGGGAACUCGAAGAGGCGGAGCAGAUCGGAGCUCGAAGAGCAGCGCAGAGGAAGCUCGAGCAUGAGCUUGGCAUUCCCGCUGAGCAGGUGCCUCUUGACGAAUUCCAAUUCCUGACCAGAAUUCACUAUCUGGCGCCGAGCGACGGUCUGUGGGGCGAGCAUGAAAUCGACUACAUUCUCUUCAUCACAGCACCCGUUACGCUUAAGCCGAAUCCGAACGAAGUGUGCGACACGCGCUGGGUCAGCCCAGAGGAGCUUAGAGAGCUGAUGGAGGAGUUGGAUCCCGCUGCAUUUACGCCCUGGUUCAAGCUCAUCGUGGCCAAGUUCUUGUUUCCCUGGUGGAGCAAGCUGCUCGAGCGAAGGACGAGCAAGCCAUCGAGCAAGACGGCGCAGAAGGUCGAGUCAAACAACGGCGUCGUCGAUGCAAAAGCGCUAGCCGACCUCAAGGACGAUGAAAUUCACAGGAUGCUGUAGCGACAGACAUACCCCACGUCUUGUGUCAGAUCGCACAAAAGUGUCGAGAUCACGGCCCUGGAACCUGGUUGUAAUUUUGGCUUCAACCUCGUACCGUCAUCAUACAAGGAAAAAGGAGUGCUAAUGAACAUGUAGUGUGGUGGUGUGUGUGU